GCGUUGGUGCGCCUAUGAGGUGGGAUGUGUGGUCCAAGUAGUCCCAGUGAUCCAGCCGGGGUAACGACCCAAUAUUUGAGAAAGUCAAGAGCGAUUUUUCCUUGAAAGUGUAACGUCUUAUUACAGGAUCCAAGUGCAUUAUAUCGUGCUUCUAUUUUAAUUUAUGUGGUUAUUUGGUUGAAAAAUUUAAUUUGGAAUCCAAAUUAGGAAAUCUGUUAGUUACCUAAACGUCAUCCGCAUCUAUGUACUAUGAUUGAAUGAAAACUUUAUUUCAUUUCGUUAGUUUCUACAUCAGUGCAUAAACUAUGUUGCUUUUUACAUGGAGAUUUGCUAUUUCAUCUUGUAGAAUGAUAGGCGAUCCAGAUGGCCGUAUAGUUUUACUGAAAGCCAAAGAACUAAAUUUGUAAACGAUCUUCUCUUUGCAUCGUUGACCUUCAAAUGUAACAACUGCUAAACUGAUUUCAUUUCAAAAAUUUAAAUCGAAUCUUCUUAGUCUAAUCAGUCUGUUGUUGCCGUAUUUUGGACAGCAUAUAUAUAAUAUGGUGGCAAGAUGAAGCGCUCGUGGUUAUUGACUGUGUAAACCGUAUUCCCGGUUCGGAUCAGAAUGAAAUUCCGACUUUCAUCACCUGAAAAAAUACAACUGCAAGUACCGUAGUCGACGAGAAAGAAACUGCCUGCAAAAAGUUUUGUGGUAAACUUCGUGGAUUGGAGUUGUUAUUGAAAAAUCGAAUUUAACAUAGAAAUUUUUUAAUUUUCCAAGAAAUGAUCAACUUACACAAUUUCGGGAAGGAAAUCUACGAUUUUUGAACUUGUGAAACGUAGUUGAAAGUGGAGCUUCACACGCACGCCGCGUGAAUUCAGUGUGCAGUGAUAGUUUCUGUGUAAUCAUAUUCAAAUUGUCUAAAAUAAUAAAUAAAGUGAGUGUUUAGUGCGCAUCUAGUCACGUUCGCCGAACUCUAGUUCAUUACUUGAUCAUUGAAAUUAUCCAAUUUGUGCUGUACUAGGUUUCCCCUUGCUGCUCAAGACGCCUAGUCCUGCUUUGCUGAUUUUGAGCUAAUUCUAAAUAUCGAUCGGCGUAGCUUGUUGGAUUUAGUGUGAAGUUCACUUAUAAAUUCACUACUCCUGCACUUCUCGCAUCCAAAAACCUACUCUGAUCAUCAGAACUAUUCUCCCGAGUUUGGAUAUAACCUUUGCACAAGUUAUUUCUAUUCAAAAGACAAAUUUUAAAAAUUUAGGUAAUUUAUAAGUUAGGUCAGAAGUGUUGUGGUGGCAAUCAUGUCGCUGGUUAUGAAGCUACUGGAGCCACUCCAGUUUGGGCAUUUCUACCCCGAGUUUUGGUUCGUUCCCGCACUCAUCGUCGCGUCUAUCUGGCGGACCUACCUCAUGAAGGACCCCACGCCACGCCUCGUCAACGAGAGAAACCCCCGCUCCGAGUACGACUUCGUCAUCAUCGGCGGCGGGUCGGCGGGGGCGGUGAUGGCGAGCAGGUUGUCGGAGAUACCCGACGCGUCGGUGCUGCUGCUGGAGGCGGGCAUAGACGAGACCGACAUCACCGACGUGCCCGUCAUGGCGGGCUUCCUGCAGCUCACCGACAUGGACUGGAAAUACAAGACCGAACCGCAGAACUCGGCGUGCUUGGGCAUGGCGGGCAGACGCUGCAACUGGCCGCGCGGCAAGGUGUUGGGAGGCUCGUCGGUGCUCAACUACAUGAUGUACGUACGCGGCAACCGUCACGACUACGACAAAUGGGCGCAGAUGGGCAACCACGGCUGGGACUUCGAGUCCAUCCUUCCAUACUUCAGGAAGUCCGAGGACAACAGGAAUCCUUUCCUCGCCCUCAACACUCGCUAUCACGGCACGGGCGGGUACCUGACGGUGAUGGAGGCGCCCUGGAGGACGCCCUUGGGGGACGCCUGGGUGGAGGCAGGGGUACAGCGGGGCUUCAAGAACAGGGACUAUAACGCAGAAUUCCAGUCCGGCUUCAUGCACCCACAAGCGACCAUGCGGGACGGGUCCAGGUGCUCCACAGCGAAGGCCUUCCUCAGACCCGCCGUGGGCAGGCCCAACCUCCACAUCGCCAUGCGCGCCUUCGUCACCAAGAUCCUGAUCAACCCAGUCACGAGACGUGCAUAUGGAGUCGAAUAUUUCAGGAACUAUAAAUUCCACACGGUGCUGGCGCGGAAGGAGGUCAUUCUCAGCGCAGGUGCGGUCAACUCCCCCCAAAUCCUCAUGCUGUCGGGGGUUGGGCCAAAGUAUCACCUACAGGAACACGGGAUUCCAGUGAUCCAGGACCUGCCGGUUGGGCACAACCUGCAGGACCACAUCAGCACGGGGCUGCUCGUCUUCCCCGUAGAAGCGGAGGUCUCGAUUGUGCAGCGGCGAUACGAGAACUUCUGGGCGCUCAUGAAGUACAUUCUGCAUGGCGAAGGACCUCUGACGGUCCCUGGAGGCUUGGAGGGCUUGGGCUUCGUGCACACUAAGUACCAUUACAUGAAGAACGAGACCAAGGAUUACCCAGACAUCGAAUACCAUUUUAUUUCGGGCUCCGUUGCAUCUGACGGAGGUCGGCAGCUCAUGAAGGUGUCGGGGCUGUCGCAGAGGACGUGGGAAGGCUACCUGAAGCCGUUGGCUAACCGCGACUCCAUCACCAUCCUGCCCAUGUUGCUGAGACCAAAGUCCCGCGGGUACAUCACACUGCGCUCCGCAUCACCGCAGGAUCAUCCUCUCAUAUUUCAUAAUUACUUCACUCAUCCUGACGACAUGAAAGUUAUGGUCGAAGGCAUCAAGCUGGCGAUUGAAGUGGCACACACUCCAGCGUUCCGCCGCUUCGGCACGCGCAUGUACGAAGUGAUCAUGCCGGGCUGCUACCACGUCAAGCCCUGGAGUGACGACUACUGGGAGUGUCUGGCACGGCACUCCUCCUUCACCAUCUACCAUCCUUCUGGCACCGCGAAAAUGGGACCAUAUUGGGACCCUGAGGCGGUCGUCGAUCCCGAGCUCAAAGUUUACGGACUGUCGGGCUUGCGGGUUGUGGACUGUUCCAUCAUGCCGACUAUCGUGUCGGGAAACACUAACGCCCCUGUCAUCAUGAUAGCUGAGAAGGCAGCAGACAUGGUCAAAGGAUACUGGUACUACAACCAACCUUCUUACGCCGAGACGCUGCACAAAAGAUAGCCGCAGUAACUUUUAGUCUUCAGAUUAUAGCGCUAGCAAUCUUUGUUAUCUAUACCGUUUACCUCAAUCUCUGUUUAUGUAAAUUACUUCAUUUUUAGAUAAUUUAUCAAUGCAAAUACUGAUUUUAUGCUUUAUUUAUGUUACAUAAUUGUGUUGUAAAUAUUGUUGCUAGUUAGGGUUAAUAAUGUGUACAAGUUUAUCAGCGCUAUACUGUUUUGUGUAUAAAUGCCAAGCUUUUGGGUAAAAGAAUUGUACGUUGCAUUUCAACUAGGGUUGUAAGUGACUUUGUCGCAAGUAUUUGUUGACGUUUUAUUUAUCUUUAAGAUGCUUAAAGAUUUUAAAAAUAA